UCGAGUAGUUUGUUGACUCCCAACAUUCAUCGUGGUUCGUCAGUCUCUCAAUCAGUACAUUUACUGUACUAUGACUGACUUGUCAAGAGUUUUGAUGUCAUUGGUAGUGAUGAAGGGAGCCACGUAAAGUCUAAGAAGUCCUCCCGGAAGGGCAAGGCUACUGGCUGUUAAAUAGUGAGUGCCAGUGUCAAGUCAAAGUAUUGCGGUGUGGCUGAGUCAAAACAAGCACAAUGAGGCUCAUGUUUGUUGUGGAUGACGACAUCUCGCAGGAGGAACUAGAGGAAGCCCUCCGGCAAAAUUUUGCUUCUAGAGCCAAGUGUUCGUUGGGGAAGAAAAGAGUGAGGAAAGUUCUCCCUACGAAAGGCAAAAAGACGAAUAACAAGCGACCUGUUUCUGAGCCCACAAGUCCGUCUUCUUCUGAUAUGUCUGUCGAAGGGGUUGACGAUGGAGAUAACUCUGACAUGUCCAGGGGAGCGGAAAAUGUAACCCCUCCGAUGUUUGUUCCAAUGGAUGUCAGGUCGGGCGUGCUUAAAAAGAUUCGUCGAAAUGGCUUUGAUAGAGUAUCGGAAUGUGACAGUGAAAGUGCAGAAGAGGGAGGUAGUGUUGGUGCUGCCUCAGAGAAGAAAAACCCUUCCUUGCGUAGUAAAUGUUACAGCCAAGACUUGAAAGAUAGGUUGAAGAAAAGUCUGGGAAAAUUUGGAGGUUUGAACGAUGAUUCACACACAAAAGUGAAUGUCAAGGGAAGAGAAAAUUUACAGUCCUCUUGUGAAGUUGUUAUCUGUGAUUCUCCAGUUGCCAGUGAUUCUUCUACAAACGGGAAAAGAGCCGUAGACACAUGUGAAGAUUGCUGUGGGAAAAGGCGUGACUGUGUCUGUACUCGUACCGCUACCCACGAUCGUCCCUGUUCUACAAAAAGAAAACGGGAAAUGGUCUCGACAAUUUCAAGGACAAAAGAUGAAAUUGAGGAGUGCGGAAACGAUUUUUCUCGGAGCAGUAAAUGUCUCAAAUUAUCGGAGAAUACAGCAGAAGAAGAACAAACAUGCGGUUUUUCUGGCAGUCUGAGGGGUUCAGUGUCAGGUGAUUCAGUUCCGUGUAUAGGACAAGGACAGCCUGGCUCACACAGCGCAGGUCUUGACAAUGACGGUCAGGGUGUUUGUGAGCGUGAAACUUCAUCUGAUGGCCCACUCGGAGGAGGGGACGAGUCGGAAUUCUCCCUGUCUAAAAUUAGUCCAAGCACCCCUGACGUUCCGGAGGAAGGGCAGAAGAAUGAUGAGUACUACACACGCCUGUCACAGUCAAUUCCUGAUGAGCUGUACGUUGGCCUCGACUGUGAGAUGGUGGGCGUCGGCCCGAAGGGCAAGAAGAGUGUUUUGGGUCGCUGCAGUAUUGUGGAUUACGACGGACGCGUGAUCUACGACAAGUUUGUGCGACCUUCAGAGUUCAUCACCGAUUUCCGCACUCGAUGGAGUGGCAUUCGGCCGUCCAAUAUGCGCUCUGCCACUCCCAUUGACCUGGCACUCCGGGAGAUCAAGGAGUGUUUAGAGGACAAGAUUGUGGUGGGCCACGCGGUCUACAACGACUUCAAGGUGCUGCAGCUUCACCCUCCGGCCCACCAGGUGCGGGACACGGCCAGCUGUCGACAGCUCUCGGAGUGGGCAGGCCAGCCGGCGCGCUGUAACGGCCUCAAGAAACUGGCGGCAGCCGUUCUCGGUCGCGAGAUACAGCUGGGUCGUCAAGGUCACUGCUCAGUGGAGGACGCGCGGGCCUCCCUGGACCUGUUUAAGUACGCGCGCACCCGCUGGGAACCCACGCUGCUCCGGGCGUGGGAGAAGAAGGGGGUGGACGUGGCGGUCAGCCUGGGCCAGAUGAGGAUGGGUCGGCGGGCGGGACGUCCCGCCGCGGGAGGGGUGGCGGGGGAGGACGAUUUCCUGGAGGACCGGUUCUGGCCCAGUCGCGAGACGGCGAGCUGACUUCGAGUCGUGUGACUGGGUGGCUGACUUCACUCAUUUGUGUGACAAGUUGACUCGAUUUAUAUGAAGAGUUGACUCGAUUUAUAUGAAGAGUUGACUCGAUUAAUAUGAUGAGCUGACUUUAUUUAUGUGACAAGUUCACUCGAUUUAUUUGACGAGCUGACUCGUCGUGUUGUGAUGGGAUGACGAUGACGAGCUUACUUCGAGUCGUGUGACUGGGAGGCUGACUUAAUUCAUUUGUGUGACAGGUUGACUCGAUUUAUAUGAUGAGCUGACUCAAUUUAUAUGACGAGCUGACUCGAUUUAUGUGACGAGCUGACUCAAGUCGUGUGGCGAUGGGCUGACAAUGACGAGCUGACCCGAUUAAUAUGAAAUCUGACUCGAUUUAUAUGGCUAAGCUCACUCGAUUUAGGUGAUGAGCUAGCUCAAGUAAUGUUGUGAUGGGCUGACGAUGACGAGCUGACUUUGAGUCGUGUGACUGGGUGGCUGACUUAGUCGAUUUAUAUGACAAGCUGACUCGAGAGUCAUGUUGCGAUGGGCUGACUCCCAUUUGUAUAAUACAGACUGACUAGAAUCAUGCGACACAGGAUGGAUGACUCCAGUCAUGUAAUACGAGCUGACUUGAAUCUUUUCAUGUAACUGAUGGGCUGACUCCAUUUAUGUGACAAUAGGCUGACUCCCAUGAAUGUGACUGAUGGGCUGACUCACAUUUAUGUUAUAAUAGGCUGACUCCCAUGAAUGUGACUGAUGGGCUGACUCACAUUUAUGUUAUAAUAGGCUGACUCCCAUGAAUGUGACUGAUGGGCUGACUCACAUUUAUGUGACUGAGGGGCUGACUACCAUUUUUGUGAUUAUAGGUUGACUCCAUUUAUGUGACUGAUGGGCUGACUCCCAUGAAUGUGACCGAUAAGCUGACUCCCAUGAAUGUGACUGAUAAGCUGACUCCCAUGAAUGUGACUGAUAAGCUGACUCCCAUGAAUGUGACUGAUGGGCUGACUCCAUGAAUGUGACUGAUGGGCUGACUCCCAUGAAUGUGACUGAUGGGCUGACUCCAUUUAUGUGACUGAUGGGCUGACUCCCGUGAAUGUGACUGAUAAGCUGACUCCCAUGAAUGUGACUGAUGGGCUGACUCCAUGAAUGUGACUGAUGGGCUGACUCCCAUGAAUGUGACUGAUGGGCUGACUCCAUUUAUGUGACUGAUGGGCUGACUCCCGUGAAUGUGACUGAUAAGCUGACUCCCAUGAAUGUGACUGAU